GUCUGCUUGGACCUCUUGUCGCAAUGCUCCCCUGGAGCUUUUAGCCGUUCGUUGCCCGCCACCCCUUGACGUCGCAACCUACCAAGGUAGAUACCUAAGGUCCAAAAAUUUCGUAGUAAGCGCCCUCGAUUGACUCUUUCAAAUGCCAAAGCUGCACUCCGCCACCUCGGACUUCUAUCGGGGUUCAAAACGACCACCAUAUCUCUUUCCUUCCCCACGAGGUCAAUUACGCGCAGGCGACAAGGUGCACACCCACCGUCCGUCUCUCGGCUUUGUUGCGACCAGCUGCUAAGGUGUAUCGGCCUGCCCAGGUAGUUAGCUAGCUCCUAUUGUCGGCCACCGCCAACCCGGGGAGAUGGCGGGUCAGAACAGUGCCAGUCCCAAUAUCGAUGACUUGACUCCUGAGGAGGCCAGUCGAAUCAUUCACUCGCAUCGAAAGGUGCGCUACGGAACUGCAUGCUGGCCCUGUCGACAACGCAAGGUAAAAUGUGACAACAAGCAGCCUUGCGAGAACUGCGUCAAGCGGGAUCAUGCACAGCUAUGCUCCUACAAGCCCAACCGCUCAGGCACGCGUGGAUCCAUCACAUCGGAGAAUGCUCCUACGGGCAGGAAACGGCCGCGCUCGCCAGAAGAGGAGGAUGCCCAGCGGACUCCUCUUGACAUUAAAAGCGAGAGCAGCACUGGGGUAGCUGCUUACGGUAAGCGGCACCAGUCGCCAAGUGCGGAUGAGAAUUCUACUGGUUACUUAUAUGGCUUUCACUCGGCCGUUACAGACGACGAGGGCGGUGACACCUCAGAAGGGUCAAGAUACCUAGGACAGAACAGCAUACCUGCCAUCCUCAGGGAACAGCUGCCUGCUACCGAGCAGCAGGAUGAGUCAACACACAUUCGACAGGACAUGCGGUCAAUCUUGGGACUAGACACAUCGGCCCCUUUUCCUCUCAUGUCACCGAGGCAUAUGGAAAAGCUUACGCUGGACAUCACCACGGAAUUGCCCUCUGAUAGAGAGGUGAUGAGACUUUUCCGAACAUACAAGGAGAUUCCACAACAGUUUUGGGGCUUCGUUAUCGAUAUCAAUGACGUAGAGAGUCGGCUACUUGUUUACCUUGAGGACCGAGCCAAAAACGCGAAAAGCAACUCCAAGGCCACCAAGCCAGUGUCUGCCUCGUGGCUUGCAAUAUUAUUUGCAAUACUUGCUGUUGGCUCACAAUAUCAUGAGUCUCCUUACCACAUCCGAACUGCCAACUCGCAGAAAUACAUCCAGAUCUCGUUCCAUUUCUUGAGGAUAAGUAACUUCCUCCUCAGACCGAAUUUUGACUCGAUUCAGGCAUUGCUAAUGACGAGCUUUGCGCUACUCAACGAUAUGAAGGCCGAGGCCUCUUGGGCUCUCCUGGGCUUAACAUGUCGCCUGGCUCAGUCAUUGGGUCUUGACAGGACGUCGACCAACAAUGAAACCGAGAUGGCUUCUGAACUUUCCGACAGGGAGCGUGUCAGGCGAACAUUAUGGUGGAAAUGCGUUUGGCAUGACUCCUUGAUUUCAUUGUCCUUUGACAGGUCACCCAUGACAAAUGCGGGAUCGGUGCGGAUACCAAUGCAAAAUCCCAAAGCUGGCGGCUGGGGAUACCUGGAGACUAUGUGCCACUUGUGCAAAAUCAUCUCUCAGCGCCUGAACCCCGAGGCACUUGCAGCAGCGUCCUACGAUACCAUCCUCGAUAACUGUGAAGCAACAGAAAGAUUACGAGAACAGGUCGUCCCUGCCAUUCGUUCCAAGGAAGCUUGCAGCUCUGCGCUCGAUCGGCUCCAAUACUUUGCCAUCCGCCUCCAUACAGCUUUCGUCGUUUCUGUCUGCUGCAGACCGGCGCUUCAUCGUGGCUGCGAUGAGGGAGAAUCGAAGCUGACAAGCUCCCAGAAACGAUCACUGGCCGAGAAGUGCAAAGUCAACCUUGCCGAGACAGUACGCAUGUUUCUCGCUAUGCACCAGCUAUCUGUUAUUCCGACGCGAUCUUGGGCUUUUACCUACCACGGCCUGUCGUCAGCUGUUUUGUUAGGCAUCCUUGGUGAGACAAAGGCCGACCCUGAAGUCCGCCAACUCCAAGGUGAUCUCAUCGCAGCACUCUCAGCCACUGCAAGCAAGGAGAAGAGUCCAACUGGCCCAUACAUACCACCGUCAGACAAGGACAUUGAGCUCUCUGGUCCGCUGUCGCGAGCGCUCACAGCACUGCGGAACAUAUACGAUCAUGGAACAAUCAUCGGUGCUGGUCUCAGGAGGGAACUCAACAGUGGCUACGCCUCAGGGGCGCGCACACCGCACAAACCCAACGGACACUCGACGGCACCUACCGCACCGAACGCGGCCUCUGCCGGGAACGGCACUAUUAAUGAUCCGCAGGUUAUACUCGAAGGUGUGAGCACAACUCUCGAUCCGCAUCAAGGCGCCGCCAUUGCCAUGACAGAGAUGCAGAACGGGAACGCGGCAAUGCCGCCGUCUGCGGAAUACCCGGCCAGCAGCAACAGCAACAGCAACAUGACCUAUUUACCGACACUCCAGGACCCCUUGUCUACGGAACCGCCGCUCGUCGAUCCUUCUACCUACAUGUCUCCCAUGGAUGUCUACGAUCAGAUAUUCUGGGAAUCACCAGAGCCAUGGAACACAGGCGUGGACGCGAUGAACUUUGACUUUUUGGCCCAGCCGCCCCCUGGUCAACAGCAACAACAACACUUUUAUUUUUAAUUAGCCGGCCACCACACCCUAUCGAGGGUAUUUGGGUCGGCUGGCUCGCAUAUUAUCGGGGAUCUAAUGCCAAAGACUAUGUGAUACUACAUUUAUUCACCGUUGGGAGUUUAAAAAGGGGAUUGGAUGGCAAGAAAACUUUUUUUGAUAGGCUUCUUGGUGAUGAUGAA